CUAGGGCGGAGGGCGGAACUUUUGGGCCCGGCGCGGCGGGGUGGCCGGAAGCGACGGUGUGGACCGAGCUCCGGGCGCGCGAGGCAGAGAAGAGCGGCCGGGCCGGGACUGCUCAGUGGGCCUGAGCCUCCUAGACCUGGGACAGGGCGUCCCCAGCCCGGUCCGGCUAAGAUCCCAACCCUCUUCCCACCCGGGGCGCUCAGAGGAGGAAGGGGAAGGCCCAGGCCCUGUUGGUUCGGGACACCUGGGUCUCGCUCACACCUCACGUUCUUGCAGCGUCCUCUGUGUCCGAGCGCCGGGGCAGGUAGCGAGGCUGGGGCCUGCCCCCGGGUUGUAGGUGAGUCGUACCAACAACGACUCAGCACCCCGGGUGGUGAGCGGUGGGGACAUCCUCGGCGGCGUGCUGAUUCCGGAGCCAGGGCUGACCCCAGCUCGACACUUUGCACGGUGUGGCCUGGGAGAAUGAGUAGGAUUUUCGCAGGCCGAAGGGAAACCCGUCGGAGGAGGGCUUCCCUCGCUAGUGUAGCAGUUUCCGUUUGCCGAGACUAAUAGUAAACUUAAUACCUGUCGGAUGGCGCGGGGGUUCGUCUCGUUCCUGGGUUACAGGUGAAGAAACAGUGGUCUGAACCCAGAUUUAGUUACAUUUUAGCUGUGUGACCUUGGGCCGGAAACGGACUUAAACUGUCGUUUUUCUCAUCCGUGUAAUGCAAAUAGAGGACUUGCUGCGUGGGGCUGUGGGAAUCUGCCAGGAGUUAAUGCAUUUAAAGUGCUUAGCACAAUGCCUGACACACGCACGCUGCAUCUUACACCAGUUCAGUUACAUAUUUGUCUCCAUUGUCAAACGCAAGGCACUGCUAGAUGCUGAGAGCAACACACUGAUGCAAAAGACUUGAAACUUGCCCUUAAGGAGCUAAUGUGGCCUGAAAGUAUGGCAGGAUUUCUAUAGUGUAUCUAGCAUGAGUUCCAGAUCUUGGCAUUUUAUCCAGCUUCAACACUCUUAUCUCCACCUCCUGGAGAAUAAAUGGGAUUUGCAUGAAUUCCACAUUCUGAAUUGAAAGACAGACUGCAUUGCUAAUAGCCUUUUCUUCUGAUUGUUAAUAACAGCUCCAGAAAAUUAAAUGUCGUCAGAAGACCGAGAAGCUCAGGAGGAUGAGUUGCUGGCCCUGGCGAGUAUUUACGAUGGAGAUGAAUUUAGGAAAGCAGAGUCUGUCCAAGGUGGAGAAACCAGGAUCUAUUUGGACUUGCCGCAGAAUUUCAAGAUAUUCGUGAGCGGCAAUUCAAAUGAGUGUCUCCAGAAUAGUGGCUUUGAAUACACCAUUUGCUUUCUGCCUCCACUUGUGCUGAACUUUGAACUGCCACCAGAUUAUCCAUCCUCCUCCCCACCUUCAUUCACACUUAGUGGCAAAUGGCUGUCACCAACUCAGCUGUCUGCUCUUUGCAAGCACUUAGACAACCUGUGGGAAGAACACCGUGGCAGCGUGGUCCUGUUCGCUUGGAUGCAGUUUCUUAAGGAAGAGACCUUAGCAUACCUGAAUAUUGUCUCUCCUUUUGAGCUCAAGAUGGGUUCUCAGAAAAAGGUGCAGAGAAGGAUGGCUCAAGCCUCCCCCAGCACAGACCUAGCUUUUGGAGGAGCUGCUGGAUCCGAUGUUGACCAAGAGGAAGUUGUGGAUGAGCGAGCGGUGCAGGAUGUGGAAUCGCUGUCGAGUCUGAUCCAGGAAAUCUUGGACUUCGAUCAAGCUCAGCAGAUGAAAUGCUUUAACAGUAAAUUGUUCCUGUGCAAUAUCUGUUUCUGUGAGAAGCUGGGUAGCGAAUGCAUGUACUUCCUGGAGUGCAGGCACGUGUACUGCAAAGCCUGUCUAAAGGACUACUUUGAAAUCCAGAUCAGAGAUGGCCAAGUUCAGUGCCUCAACUGCCCAGAACCCAAGUGCCCUUCGGUGGCCACUCCUGGUCAGGUGAAAGAGCUAGUGGAAACAGAGUUAUUUGCCCGCUAUGACCGCCUUCUCCUCCAGUCCACCUUGGACUUGAUGGCAGAUGUGGUGUAUUGUCCCCGCCCCUGCUGCCAGUUGCCUGUGAUGCAGGAGCCCGGUUGCACCAUGGGCAUCUGCUCUAGUUGCAAUUUUGCCUUCUGUACCUUGUGCAGAUUGACUUACCAUGGGGUCUCUCCAUGUAAGGUAACUGCUGAAAAAUUAAUAGACUUACGAAAUGAGUACCUGCAAGCAGAUGAGGCCAAUAAAAGAUUUUUGGAACAGAGGUAUGGCAAGAGGGUGAUUCAGAAGGCGCUGGAAGAGAUGGAAAGUAAGGAAUGGCUAGAAAAGAACUCAAAGAGCUGCCCGUGUUGUGGGACUCCCAUAGAGAAAUUAGAUGGAUGUAACAAGAUGACAUGUACUGGAUGUAUGCAGUAUUUCUGUUGGAUUUGCAUGGGUUCUCUCUCUAGAGCAAACCCUUAUAAACAUUUCACUGAUCCUGCUUCCCCGUGUUUUAAUCGGUUGUUCCAUGCUGUGGAUGUUAAUGGAGAUAUUUGGGAAGAUGAGAUUGAAGACUAGUUAACUCCUGCUCAAGAUAAGGAAAUGGAAUGGUUUACCCAAAUCUUGUGUCAAGUACACAAAAUAGUUUUGCAGGCUAUUUAGGGUACCAUUUAUGCACUCAUCCUUUGUAGAAGUUGUGGAAGAACAAGGUUUAUAUUUCCAUGUGGUACUACUGAUAAAGGCACAUGCGCACGUUUUUCAAUGUAACAUAGAGAAAAUUAUAAGCCAAAGGUUCAAUGAAAACUAGAGAAUAUUAAAUACUACAGUGUGCCCGAAGCUCUGAAGAGUUAAAAAGUAAAUAUUUAUUUUCUUCCCCAAGUUUUAGGUGAAGAGAGGAGUCAAGAGUUAAAGUUAUAGACCUUUUUAUCUGAAAGCAUCCCUCUAAGACAUUAGGGGAGUCCCCUCAGUACUGCUCCUUAUGACUGGGGUAGGUAGAAAGAAGCCUUAUUAAAAUUGUACCAAGAGCCUGAUCUCAUUUACUCCAUGUCAUGUUCCUUUCACCCUAAGUUUCUGCCAAGUGACUUUUCUUUGAGGAAGCCCUUUUACUCAGUAACUGAUUGGAUGACCCAGUGUCAUUUUGAUCUGCUUUUCAGAAUAGAAAUUUAUAGAUAAUUUAAAAAAUCUUUUUAAUGCCAAAAACACUGUGGGCCAGCUGGUAUUUAUUAGUGGGGUAUAGUUCACUGGUUUUGAGCCCAGUCUAGAAUUUAAUGAUACUGGCUCAGAAGAAUUUCAGUCCUAUUCAGCUCUUCUGAGCGGUAGAGCCUAGAUUCAAAAUGACUUGUCUUUGCUACCUUUUGUUCUACGCUCUCUCCCUUCACUCAUGCCCUACCUUCCAUUAGUAAGGACAAUUUUAAUAUUAACUCCAGCAGCUCAUAUUUUUAUUUAUGCUGGAAUAAGAGAAAGCCUAAUAUAUUCCCAAGCUGAACAAGCUGCAUUUUUAAAAAUUACCUCUAUUUUGAACUCCCCACCAUUGUAGUUCGAGUCCCAAUUUUCUGAAUUCUUUUUAAAGGUCUUCUCUAAUGAGCUAUGGAAAUUUGGCUUCCUACCCUUUUUUGCAACAGCACUAUUUUGGGGGAUAAUUUUGGCUUGAUUCCUAGAUCCCUGUUUCUGGAUUUUGAUGGCUUUUUGAAAAAUUGUCUUUCCUUGUGGUUUGGUGAAUGGCUUGGUAGCAAAAUGAUUUUUUGAAAAAGAGGACAGAGUGAUACAGCUGCAGCUGUGAACAUGUUCUUUUUUCCCAACUUGUCAUUGAAAAUUGAGGAAUCACUUUUAACCAUUUUAUGUGUGUGUAUCCAGAGUCAGCAAGGACUGUUUCUGGAUUGUCAAUGAGGCUGCUUAAUCUUAAAAAUAAAAAUAAUUUAAAAAUUGUCUUAUAAUUAGA